AUGGCGCCGACAGUCGAGGCACUCACCCACGCGCACCCUGCACCGAGGCGUACCUCUGGGCCCACCCCGCCCACUGCCUCCGCAAGCACUGGACCGUGGCGCGCAGAGGCAACCUCUAGGCUCUACUCGCAGCACUGCUGGACUUGUCAGCGUGCUCUCGGUACAUCAUCACCGCACUUUAGUCUCGUGCGGACACUAGGUACAGUCCAGCCCGUUCAGCACUCCUCGUCCUCCUCGCCCUCCGACCAGUCCUUCUACGCCCUAAAGAUACUGCGCAAGACGGAAAUCAUCAAGCUCAAGCAGAUCGACCACGUGCGCCACGAGCGCUCCAUCCUCGCCGAGAUUGCCGGACACCCCUUCAUCACCUGCCUGCGCGCCUCCUUCUCCGACCGCGACUCCCUCUACAUGCUACUCGACUACGUGCCCGGCGGCGAGCUCUUCAGCUACCUGCGCAGGCUGCGCCGCUUCGACGAGCACACGGCCCGCUUCUACGCCGCCGAGAUCGUCUGCGUGCUCCAGUACCUCCACGAAGACCAGGGCGGCGUGGCCUACCGCGACCUGAAGCCUGAAAACCUCCUGCUCGACGCGGCCGGCCACAUAAAGCUCGUCGACUUCGGCUUCGCGAAGCGUCUCGGUGGUCGCAAGAGCGGCGGCGAUGCCGGCGCGGGCGUGAGCGCGGACGGUGCGGCGGCAGGCGACCACGACAAGCCCGUCGAGACGUAUACCCUGUGCGGCACACCGGAGUACCUGGCCCCCGAGGUCAUACACAACAAGGGACACUCGGCCGCCGUGGACUGGUGGGCCCUGGGCAUCCUGCUCUACGAGUUCCUGACCGGCUACCCUCCAUUCUGGCAUCAGAAUCCGAUUGAGAUCUACAAACAAAUCAUCGAGAAACCGCUCGUCUUCCCUCGGGAGCCCCAGAUCUCGGACGAGGCGAAGAGCAUCAUCCUCUCCUUCUGCACGAAGGACCGCUCCCACCGGCUGGGCAACAUCAGCGGAGGAGCUCAGCGCGUGAAGGAGCACCCCUUCUUCCGCGGCGUCAACUGGGACGACAUCUCCCACGCCCGCGGCACCGGCCCCAUCAUCCCGCCCGUCCGCUUCCCCGGCGACGCCCAGUGCUUCGACAACUACCCCGAGGAUGACGGGUCCAGGAGGGUAGAGUACACGGCUGAGAUGGCGCAAGAGUAUGAUCGGUACUUUUCUUGUUGA